AUGGCCAGCAAAGCACAUGCAGAAAUUACGGAAAAGAUCUUAUCUUUGUUGAGAACCUUACCAAAAGAUAGAAUAAAGCAUUAUGCAUCAUUUAAAGAAACUCAAAUAGAGCGGUUUUCAAGUGACCUGGUUAAAGAUAUUUCAGAAAAGGACUUAAAAUUGCAAUAUAUCUCGUUAAGAGACUUGGUGAAUGAUAAAUAUAAAAACUACUACAAGUUGGACGACAAAUUAUUGAAACCAAAGGGUAAUCCAGAGUAUUAUAAUAGAAUUUUGAGUGAGAUAAAAGGUGAAAAGAAGGAAACGUUUAUGACUGCUAUGAGAACCGUUAUCUUUGGGAAAUAG